AUGCAGCUGGCGGGCGGUAUUCCUGACAUACAUGAACUUGUCGUGGAUAGUUCUGGACUUGAUGAAGGCACUCUGGCUGAGGAGGUGGCACUGGUGAUGAAGCUAAUGGCGGACGGUGGCAACAUCACCGACGAACAGGCGGCGGCCAGCACCGUGAAUGUGAUAGAGGACGGCAUCAGCUCGGAGGAGGAGGACGCGGCGGCCCACGCCGUGAACCUUCUCUGGUUCGGCUGCUCGGAGGAGGCCGAGGGCGACCUGGCCGGCUGGCUGUCCACGCACAUCGACCCGGCGCCGCCCCCGCUCUCGGCCACGGCGGAGGACGUGCCUGGCCAGUGCAAGAAGAAGCCGAGCGGCCGGUACAUCCUCGCCGGGCACCGGGCCGAUGAGAAGGACGGGCUCUCCCGAGAGAUCACGCAGGCGCCUAAACCCAAGAUCACGUACCGGGUGUCUGGGUGGGUGUCUGUACAGGGCGCCGCCUCCUGCACGGACGGUGGCCACGCCGUGCAUGUGGAAGUCCGCACUGGGGAUGGCUCCGCCAUCGGUAGCGGUGUGGUUCUGGCCGAGGAAGGGAAGUGGGCCGAGAUCAAGGGCGCAUUCCGGGUUGACGAGCAUCCGCGCGGCGCCGAGGUCUACGUGCACGGUCCACCGGCGGGGGUGGACAUCAAGGUCAUGGACCUGCGCGUGUGCGCCGUGAACAGGAUCGCCAGGCUGAGGCACCUCAGGAAGAAGACGGACAAGGUGCGGAAGCGCGACGUGGUGCUCAAGUUCAAGCAGCGGUCGGAGGACGGCGCGAACGACGACGACGCGGCGGCGGUGAGAGUGAACGGCGCGUCCAUCCGGGUGGUCCAGGUGGACAACGCCGUGCCGAUCGGAGCGUGCAUCAGCAAGUCGGCUGUCCAGAACCCGGCCUUCGUGGACUUCUUCGCCAACCACUUCGACUGGGCGGUGCUGGAGAACGAGCUCAAGUGGUACUACACGGAGGCGGUGCAGGGCCAGGUGAACUACGCCGACGCCGACGCGCUCAUCGCCCUCUGCGACCGGCACAAGAAGCCGGUGCGUGGGCACCGCAUCUUCCGGGCGGUGGAGAACUCCGUGCAGCCGUGGGUGCGCGCCUCGAACCCCGGCCAGCUCAAGGCCGCCGUGGAGUCCCGGAUCAAGAGCCUCGUGUCCCGCUACAGCGGCCGCUUCCCGUGCUACGAGGUGAACAACGAGAUGCUCCACGGCAGCUUCUUCCGACAGCGGCUCGGCGACGACAUCGACGCGCACAUGUUCCGGGAGACGGCGGCCAUCGACCCGGCGCCGGCGCUGUUCGUGAACGACUACAACGUGGAGAACGCCAACGACCCCAACGCGACGCCGGAGAAGUAUGUCGCGCUGAUCACCGACCUGCAGAAGCGGGGCGCGUCGGUGGGCGGGAUCGGGGUGCAGGGCCACGUGACGCACCCCGUCGGCGACGUCAUCUGCGACGCGCUCGACAAGCUGGCGGCCACGGAGCUCCCCGUGUGGAUCACGGAGCUGGACGUGUCGGCGGCGGACGAGGCGAUGCGCGCCGACGACCUGGAGACGGUGCUGCGGGAGGCGUUCGCGCACCCGGCCGUGGAGGGGAUCAUGCUCUGGGGGUUCAUGCAGGGCCACAUGUGGCGCGCCAACGGCCAGCUGCUCAACGCCGACGGCUCCCUCAGCGAGGCCGGCCACAGGUCCGUCGGGCUCAGGACGGAGUGGACGUCGCACGCCCGCGGGACGGUGGACGCCAACGGCAACUUCAAGUUCAGGGGCUUCCACGGCAAGUACGUGCUGGAACUGGCCGCCGGCGCCGGCGGGAAGGUCCGGCGCGCCUUCGACGUGCAUAAGGGUGAUGCCCCUCUCGUGCUCGACAUGAACCUCUGA